AUGGGCAAUCAACCUGCCGACUUGAACCAGGCGUCCAUCUGCCUUCGAGCCUCUUCACUUGCCUAUGAAAACACGUCGGACGCGUUUGUUCCGCUCAUCUCGCACACAGCACAUAGCUGUAAGGCGAGUUACAGCAGCAGAGCAUGGAGCCAUUGGCUUGGUGCUGGAUUCUGUGUGAGGCAUUCGAAGUGUCUGCGCUGUUGCAUCGUGCCACCUAUAAGAAGCCUCUUCGUCUUGGUGGCGGAUACAGCGGCUGCAGUAUCGCUCGGAUCCAGAGCUUCCGUCGUGCGCGUAGAGUACGUCAAAGUGACGAGACUGGUGCGAUUGGCGCAGACGGAACGUGUCAACUUGCCCGCAUUCCUUCGUUGA